ACGGAAUGCAAGCAACCUGUCUUCCGCCCCUGGUUUUCUAUGUCGGGUUUCUCCUCUUUAUCCAACUCAACCCGUCCCUGGGUUUCAUGCCUGCGACUCCUCCUGCGCGUCUCCGGAGUCCAGCUGGAGGGUUGCGGUGCCAGGUGAAACCAGACGAGCAGUAUCUCAUCGUCCCAUCGCAGCUCGAGGGAACAGGAGGAGGAUGGACUAUCCAGGCGACGAGACCCCCUCCCAAGCAGGGAACGGUGUGGGCGAGGCCACGACCAGAGGUGGGGGAGGUACAGGAGAUGGGGUUCGGGUCGUUUGGGAGGAUCUACUUGGCAACGGACCUCAAGACAGGGCAAGAGGUGGCGGUGAAGGCGGAGCGAGACAUCGGACAGAAAGUGAGCGCGCUGCGGGCGGAGGCAGAGACUCUCAUCCACCUUCAAGGAGGUCCAGGGAUCGCCGACGUGUACUGGGUGGGAAAGAGAGAUCUGAACGGAGAGAACUGCAACAUCCUGGUGAUGGAGCUGCUGGGCCCGGACAUGGAGGAUCUUCUCGAGCUCAUGGAUAAGAGAAGCGUCUCGACCAAGACGGGGCUGAUGCUUGCACAUCAGAUGCUUGACUGUCUCAGCCACAUCCAUUCUCGAGGCAUCAUCCAUCGGGACAUCAAGCCUGAGAACUUUCUCAUGGGGGUCAAGGAGCGAGCGAACAAGGUCUACUUGAUCGACUACGGCCUGAGCGACUUCUUCCAAGACGAGCAAGGCAACCACGUGCCGUGCAAGAAGUCCAAGGAUUCUCUGAGAGGAACUUUGCGCUAUGCAAGCAUCCCCAAGCAUGAGGGAUACGAGCAAUCAAGGCGCGAUGACCUGGAAGAGCUUAUGUACGUCCUGAUCUAUCUCAUGCGAGGAGGGUUGCCCUGGUGCAAGGAGGAGGCUCAGACGUUCGACGGAUUAGAGAAGCAGCAGUGGGCAAGAGCCAGGCAGAUGGAUCGUGUCAAGAAUCUCAAGAAGAACACACCAAUGGCAGAGCUUUGUGCUGGGCUUCCCUCAGUCAUUCCUCAACUUCUCCAGUACAGUCGAAGCCUCUCCUUCGAGGAUGAGCCGGACUACGAUGGCAUGAAGCAGCAAGUUCUUGACGCCAUGAGUGAGCUCGGGCACGAGAUGGACUUCUGCUACGACUGGGGCAACAAAGCGCCUCCUCCAAAGAGAAAUCGCUUCUGGUAGAAACAUGCUCCUCUCAAUUUUCCCUUGUACUAUAAUUUGGCAUUUCUGCUAGUGAAGCUAGAUUUUCUC